AUUAUAUUAAGCCUUAUAACUGGUUCGCGCCAAGCAGACUAGAUCCGGUUUGCAGUAUGCACCCAUGCAGGCUCAUUGGCUGCAGGCAGGUUGACACUGUUUCCCUGCCUCCUGCAGCUGUAGCGGUGCUCGGAGCCUGUGGAGCCAGCAGGUGGUACUCUACCGUCGGCGGAGUCCCACUGUUGAAUGCGUGCAGCCGGCUGGAAGAAAGCUGUACAACUACAAAGAGGAGAGAACUGAGCAACACUGAGGAGGGCAGAAACAAAGAGGCUGUUUGUUCUCCAGCGGAAGAUGGACACUCGCAGGAACGCAGUAACUUCAGUCGCCGGGGUCAGCAGCUCUGCCUCCACCGGGUUGUGACUACUCGGGCUCCGCAGAGGUGAACAGUGGACGCCGGUGGUCAGGACCGGACGGCACGGACACUUUGCGGGUUACGGCACGGACACUUUGCGGGUUACGGCACGGACACUUUGCGGGUUACGGCAGGGACACUUUGCGGGCUACGGCAGGGACACUUUGCGGGCUGCAGCAGGCUGUGUGCGGCGCUUUGCGGUGAAGCAUCCCCCUGAAGAAUAAAGCAUUUUGUUGCUCGGAGUGAAAGAAAGAGCAGACUGGGAGAACAGUGCGGAAUUAUUGUGAGAUAAAAAAAAGGCUCGCCAGAGGUCUACACCGAAAUGGGAAAAGAAGCCACAGCCACCUUUUAAGAUGUUUCCUCACCACAGAGAAAGGGAGCAGCCAAUCUUCAGUUCCCGGGCCCAUGUUUUCCAGAUCGACCCCGCCACCAAGAGGAACUGGAUCCCCGCCAGCAAACAUGCCGUCACUGUGUCUUUCUUCUAUGAUGCCAACCGUAACGUCUACCGCAUCAUCAGCGUGGGCGGGACCAAGGCGAUCAUCAACUGCUCGGUCACACCCAGCAUGACGUUUACCAAGACGUCCCAGAAGUUCGGUCAGUGGGCGGACAGCAGGGCCAACACUGUGUACGGGCUGGGGUUCGCUACAGAGCAACAGCUGCACCAGUUCUCCGAAAAGUUUAAGGAGGUGAAAGAUGCAGCUCGUCUGGCAAGAGAGAAGUCGCAGGACAAAGAACUGGCCAACACUGCGCUUUCCAUCGCUGCUCCUCAGUUCUCACAGGACCUCUCGGACGAACUCCAGUCUCCACCGGUGAUGUGUGUGAACGGACCCGAGGACAAGCUGUUCCGCAGCCAGAGUGCAGACAUCACCCUGUCCUCCGAGAAGGAGCGCAUUAAGAAGAUGCUCUCUGAAGGGUCGAUCUGUGAGAUGAACCUGGAUACCGAGCUCUUCACUCUACAGGACAGCAACACCAAGCUGGUGGCAGCGCUGCAUGAGGCUAAUGCUAACGUGGAGCAGUGGAAGAAACAGCUGGCAGCCUAUCAGGAGGAGACGGACAGACUCAGAGAGCAGUUGGCUGAGAUAGAGGCCCAUGGGGGCCACGGCCCCAGCGACCUGCUGAAGGACGAGCUGACCCAGUCCCUGGAGGAGCUGGAGGCCCUGCUGAAGGCCAAGGAUGAGGAAAUCCACAUUUUGCAAAACAAGAAAGUGGAGUACCACGACAUGGAGCACGACAGGGACGAGGCCAUUCACAGAUUACGGGAGACGGAGAUGCGUAACGCAGAGAUGGAGCGUCGCAUCCAGAACACAGAGCAGACGCUGAGUAACUCUCUGGAGGAGCGGGAUCGCAUGGAGUCUGAAAUCCAGAGGGCCAUCGAAAUUCUGGACAUCAAGAUCUUUGACCUCAAUGACCUUCGCCAGAGCCUGGUCAAACUCAUCGACAAAUAAGAGGGGAGAAAACCCAACCCAAGAAAAAGGAACAGAUGACAGGGGUAAAUGUGUCGUGACCAAUGCAGCAGGGAGGAAACAAAACAAGAUGGAGCUGUCCCUCUUCAACAGGAGCAGCUCCUCGGCUGCAGGGUGGCAGCGUACACACGGUUUGCUUGUCCAAUGUAAUGUAACGCUUCAUUUUGCUUUCAAGGGUCACAUUCAAUGCAAUAAAACAACUUUAAGGUAAGUGCUUAACGCCGCUAGACAUUUAUUACAAAAAAUGGGUGCUUAUAAUUUUUCACAAGUAUGACUUUCGUACAAGUGGCGAUGCAGUGUUAUUAUAAAUAAGAGGCCUUGGUUAUUUUUUCCACUGACAGGGUAUAUUUAAACGUCUUUACAACAAAUUAAGUCCACUAAGUGAAUAAAAGGGAACAAGACUACAUUACUAUUAAAAGGUUUGCCUGCAUAUAUUAUAAUAAUAAUAAUAGAUAAAUGUGUGUAUGGUCUCGUUUAAAAUAGCAGCUUUAAUGUUGUUUUAAGUGAAAGCUGAGUGGUUCUAGAUAAGUGCUUUUCCUGCAACAAUAAGCAAUGACAUAUUUUUUAAGGUCAGAAAUAAAAGUAUGCUCAUAGUGUCUAAUAUUCUGGUAAGGCAUGGAAGCACAACUUUGGAUCUGGAUAUGGACACCAAAGAUCAAAUGUGCAGAGCAUCGAUAAGGUCUUUCAGCAGUCGUCCGUUAUCACAUCAUCAUUUAAACUCGUAAGAAACCUUUAACUUUAAGUACGAUACGUAAUUACACUUAGGAUAAAUAAGAUUUUUCCACAUGAUUUAAAUCAAUUAUGAUAAUAGGUAAACACACAAAAUAAGUAAUCGCUUUGUAAUAAUAAGUUUAACUAGUCCCGUUUAAAUAAUCGUUCUGUGCAACAAACUACUGACUUAGUAACUUAUUUACGAUAGACACAGAGACAUUUUCUGCCUUCUCUCAUUUCUCAGCACAUUACUUAGCUGUGGACAACAUGUCACACACCUUGAGUGGCUGUACUGUGUUAAAAGUGUAUUUAUUAAAAAACACAUGUCUACUUCACGGAGUGUUUUAUCUCAAAGACUGUAUUGUUUAACAUUGUCCAGAAUGUUUGUAUUAUUGUUUUCAAGCCUUAUUGUUCGCAUUACAAUCAAUAUCGAUAUUAAUGCCAGCUGUGUCUCAAACUUUGAGCUGAUAAUGAUGGUUUGGAAAUAAAAACAAAGA